AUGUCUAACUACCUGCAGGGCUGGUUCAUCCUUCUGUUAUGGUUUGUUUCUCACGUGGCUGGGCAGGACCCUGCUUCGCUGAUUGGGUUGGUGCCUGAUUGUGCACAACCAUGCCUCGUCAAGGGACUUGAGAAUGGAAACUGUACCCUCACAGCCAUAUCCGAGUGCUUGUGCACCAACAUCACUAUCCAAGCCGAGAUGUCAGAAUGCGUGCAACUCUCCUGCUCUUUCAAGGACCAAGCUGUUGCCUCCACGUUAUCGAACCAAAUAUGCGUCGGGUAUCCUAUCGAGUCACGAGCACAUCAGGUCAAAGCGGCUGCAAUUGCCUGCGCAGCAGUGGCGUUUCCCAUCGUCAUUCUACGAUGCGUUGCUCGACUGAUGGUCACCAAGAGGUUAUGGUGGGAUGACUGGACAGCCCUUGUGGCAACGACCCAAAGCACGGAUCUCGGCUUUGGCCUCCAUUACUGGAACGUCGAAGUAGCAAACGCCAAGACCAUUUUUCAGAUAUUCUACGCAACCCAGAUUCUAUACAUCCUAAUCCAAGUCUCGGCUAAAGCAUCAAUACUCGCCUUCUACUCACGGGUAUUCACGAGUCGCACCUUUCGAAUAGCUGUCUGGUCAGCAGCCGCGUUUCUCAUCGGCCACGGCAUCAUCUUCCUGGGCUUGGUCAUAUUUCAGUGCAGUCCUAUGGCUUCAAUAUGGAACCGGAACCUUGAAUCUAAAUGUCUGAACCUUACUGCUAUCGGCUACGCUGGUGCAGUCUUUAGCAUUGUUGAGGACAUUGCAAUCCUUAUCUUACCGAUUCCUGAAUUGUUGAAGCUACAGCUUGGGGGCCGGAAAAAGGCAGCCUUGUUGUUCAUGUUCAGCAUAGGAUCUUUUGCUUGCGUCACAUCGAUGGUGCGUCUAAAGUACCUAGUGAGCUUUGCGAGCACCUUUGAUGCCACUUUUAUCUGGUCUAUGAUCGAACUUUCUUGCGCCCUAAUCUGCGCCAGUCUCCCUGCGCUACGGCCUCUAAUCCAAAUGUUGCCAGGGGUGCUAAGCACGGCCAGGGGAUCUUCGGUCAAGCACACAACAGAUACCAGUCGACGAAAUGCGAAUACACAUCCCAGCGUUUCCACAAGAACAGAAGAACCUCAGAGAAUCAAGGGAGAGAGGAGCGACUACGGUAAAAUGGGAGAUGCAUACCUGGAUAUUGAGCCCAGCAGUAGGGGUGGGAGUUAUGAGUUGCAGACAGUGGCAAGCGAAAGGCGGAUGGUUUGA